AAUGAUACCUCUUGGACGAUAUUAUUUAUUUUGUAUGCCCAAUGUGUUGAUACUUAAUAGACAAAGUUCCUCUGUUAGUGGCAGUUUUACAAAAUCUAUCUAACCAUAAUUGGUAGGUGCACGAAAGGUGAAAGGUGCACACUCUGGAAGUCACUGCCGGAACUUGAAAUGGUAAAAGUUGAGUGAAAAAAAAGUAUUUAGGAGCAGAUUCAGAACUUUACGACUACCUGGUUUGAAGAUGUCCCAUUUGUCGCCGCAGUUGUCCGCCGUCCCGUCCUCACAGUUGAACAUUCCGCCGAAAACUUCCCUCCCUUCUCCAGCUUGCCCGGACCCCGGGAGGGCGAUUCUCCAAGACAGUCCUUUUCCCACAGGAAUGGCGAUUCCAUAUCUCGCUCGCCUCGGAAAUCUCGAAUCUUUGUACGCUACCAGCCCGAUGACCCCGAACGCAUUAGGUGUGGAACCCUCGGCCUUUUACCCGCUGAGCGGUGCUUCCCCGGUUCUAGGACUCGAAAGAGCUCCGGAAUUUUGGAAAAACCUCCAGCACCCCUCCAUGGUGUAUCCUACAGAACCCAUGCUGGGCAUGCAUCCAUACAGUGCAUUCUAUGGAGGGAUAGAUCUGAAUAAUGCAGCCCGCCGUAAGAACGCAACAAGGGAGACGACUAGUGCCUUAAAGGCGUGGCUCUACGAACACCGGAAGAACCCCUACCCCACUAAGGGAGAGAAAAUCAUGCUCGCCAUCAUCACUAAAAUGACCUUGACCCAGGUGUCCACGUGGUUCGCAAACGCCAGACGGAGGCUAAAGAAGGAGAGCAAGUUAGGGUACAAAGAGAAGGAAUUGGACGGAAGUGACCUGGAAUCCUUAGGGUCUCCACUAGGAACGGACGAUGAGAAAACCAGGAUCUGUUCAUCGUCAUCGAGUCUCAUCACAAAAUUGGACAACGAUGACGACGAGGAUGUAGAUAUAAAGGUGACGUCGGAUAUAUCAGAUUUCUCAGAUGAUGAAGACGAUGAAAGUCGGGAAUGCAAACAACAGCGGCUGAGUUCCAACACGUCACAGUCUUCAGCCAAUCAAAAAGCAGAUAAUAAUGCAACUGUUGACGCCAGGCUGCAACAAGCAUCUGUUGGACAAUCAGAAUCACGUGAUCAAAGUAAUUCGUCGCAAUCAAAUUCAAGACCAAAAAUCUGGUCUAUUGAUGAAAUAAUGAAUAAAGACAAAACAAUGGGAGAAAAUUCCAGAGUAUCCGUACAAAGUAAUCCUCUUCUGCAAUCCCUCAGUGUAUAUCACGCGCAAUUACGGAACGGGAAUGUUACAUCACAGGAUCUUAAAAAUCAAGAUCAGCUAAAACACUACAGUGAAACUUUAGAACAAUACCGGAAAUCAAACUCGGAGACAGCAUUGAACCUGGCAAUUAGUGAUAAGACCGGAUUAAACGCAGCACGAACCGGGCUGGCGACCAAGCCAACUGCUACAGGUAGGCUCAACGUGUCAAUAAAGCUCUGUUUGGCUAAAGCAAUCCCCAUGUUUACAAACGUUUCUCUAACUGUAAUUUUUGGAUCAUUUUGUGUGUGAAGAGAUUUUAAUUGGGAAAACAAUUCCUAAAUGAUAGACUCAUCGACAAUUUCAUUGUUUAUACCAAAGUUUACUUGAAGAGAUAGCAUGUUUGACAUAUAUCGUCUAAACAUUUCACACUGCUGGCGAUGUGUACCCCUGUUUAUGUGCUCAGGUUAUCAAUCUAACACUGUUUACUUGUUACAUUAUCCAUUUCUGACAUAACUUCGCAAAAAUGUCCACAUGUGGGGGAGCCCUAAUCACUAAUCCAUGUCUUCUUUGUUUCUUUACAGUGACCUCCGCCUCCAGCGACUCCGAGAGAGAGUGACCCCCAGACACACCCAUUUAGUAGUGCUUUACACCCUGCCCCGCCCCGGGCGUUCUUGAUGGUCGCAAAUCAAAUUAAUUAUUCUAUUUAUAGAUUAUUGUGUACAGUAGAAUAUCGCUUAUUUUUGUAUGAUUGACUGAAUGUUGAAUAAAUUUUAAAGACUUUA